AUGGCCUCUGCAGCAGCGAAGGUGGAGACUCGAACAUGGGUGCUACAGGCUGAGACGGAACUCCGCUUCGACGUCUCUGCCGAACACACCCUCACGGUUGUGCUGAGAGAGAACACAGCGGAGAUGUUCGGGAUCGAGCUCGCCGCUGAGUACGAGUACAAGUUUUCUUCCACCAAGGCCGCCGUCUUCACGUGGUACGGCUGCACGAUAGAGACGACCGGCUGGGUGUCGAGCAUCUACGUGGCGCAGGAGACGCCCAUGAAGAGCUACGUCAACACGCACGCGCAGCUCGAGGCGCGGAGGGACAAGGCGCUGCAGGCCCUGCAGGCGGGCCGCACGAACAUCACCGGGCCGAGGGUGAUGGUCGUCGGAGAAGCGGACAGCGGCAAGUCCACCCUGGCAAACAUCCUGGCCGCCUACGCCGUGCGGCUAGGCCGGUGUCCCACCUUCGUUGACCUUGACGUGGGGCAGGGGAUGAUCACCGUCCCCGGGGGCAUCGCCGCGGCAGCGCUCGACAGCAACUCCAUGUCUGUCGAGGAAGGCUUUUCUUUGACGGCGCCGCUGGUGUUGUUCUACGGGCAUACAAGCCUGCAGGAGAAUCCGGAACUGUUCAAGAAGCUCGUGGGGAGAAUGGCGGAAUGCCUCAAGAGGAGGGUGGCGAAUGACAUCGACGCCAGCGCUUCAGGCGCAAUCUUCAACACGUGCGGGUGGGUAGAAGGGCUUGGCCUGGAGCUCCUGGCCCACGCGAUCACCGUGCUGGACAUCGACGUGGUCCUGGUGAUGAAGCACGACCGCCUCUACGCGGACAUGGUAGCGACCCUGCCCCGCUCCGUCGCCGUCAUCAACCUGCCUCGUUCGGGAGGUGUUGCUUUGCGAAGCUCUCAGUACCGGCGUGCGUCGCGCGACCGGCGGUGCCGCGAGUACUUCUACGGCGGGGGAGGCGGGGCGGCGGCGGCGGCGGCGGGAGGAGCGCCCGCGCUGUCGCCCGCGGCCCUCCACCUGGAUUUCAACGACGUUAGCAUCUUCCGGGUGGGCGGGCAGACGGUGUCGGACGCGAUGUUGCCGGUGGGGCACUCGGACUCCAGCCUUGGGCCGUUACAGGUGAACCCGUUUUAUCCCUCUUCCGACCUUCUUCACACGGUGCUGGCGGUGUGCCACCCGGUGCUGCGUCAGGAUGGAACCAUGCUGGGUGGCGCGUCGGGUCUUGAGGGGGACCGAGAUUCGGCGGAGGCAGCGCAGGAGCUGCUGAAUUCCAAUGCGGCCGGUUUUGUGUACGUGACGGAGGUGGACAUGGACAAAAGAAGGCUGGCCGUCCUUAGCCCCUGCCCCGGGUCCCUGCCCAGCAGAUUCCUCAUAGCGGGGACGGUCAAGUGGCAGGAGUGA